AUGAAGAUCUGUACUUAUAACGCACGUAUGCUUGCUUCGGAAGCGGCCAUCGAAGAUCUGAUGAUGCAAGCCAAGAAGAUUAAGAACGACGUCAUCGGACUGACCGAGACGAGACGACGUCACCCUCUCAAUGGUGUAUUUGAAACUGGAGAAGAACUGUUCUUAGGAAUAUGCGGCAGUAGAGGUGUUGGUGGAGUUGAUGUCCUCGUCAACACGAGUAUGGCAAAGAACAUCGACUCUUUCAAACAGUUUACGACCCAAAUCGGACGUCUGCGGAUGAGAAGAUGUGGUCCAUCACCAGCUUUGACUAUCUUCGUCGCUUACGCUCCAACAUCAAGCUACGAAGAAGAAGAAGUCGAAGCUUUCUAUAUGUGA